GCGAUUCAGAAGCGAUAAGGUGCAAAGAAAAAAGAAAGUUCUUUAUCAAUCGAUGGCGAAGAGAAUCGGUGGAGCCGGGAAAUCCGGCGGCGGAGAUUCAAACAUUUUGGCUUGGAUCUCUAACUCCGAGAUCGUAUCCCAGGGAAGACGCGCCGCGGGAGAUGCCGUGGGAGUGUCGAAGAAGCUGAUCUGGAGCACGGGAAAAGCGGCGUGGAUCGCUGGGACGACUUUUCUGAUCCUUGUUGUUCCGUUGAUCAUCGAGAUGGAUCGUGAAGCGCAGCUCAACGAAAUAGAUCUUCAGCAGGCAAGCCUCCUCGGUGCUCCGGCGUCUCCUGUGCAAAGGGGAAUGUAGAAACCCCUAAGAAAUAUGUGGAGCCAACUUCGAGGCGUUUUGCAACUUGGGUUUCUCUGUUUUUUUAUCUGUUUCUGUUAUGAUUUGUCGGAUUCGUGCAAGAGUGCUUACACAUGCUUCCUAUAAAACUUCGAACUUGUUUUUAGCUUCAGAUUGAUUUUGCAAUCGAUAGUAGCAAUAAGUUAAGUUAAAUUAGAUGAUUUUUAGGCGAUGAUGUUGAAGCUUUUUUUUUGUUCUCUGGAAUCCUUUCAUGUAUGGCGUUGUUUAAUUUAUUAAUACCGUUGAUUUUUUUUCUUCUCCUUUGAAGUGGAUUAUCUAUUAAUGGACUCACGGUGGUUUUCAU